GAGUCCGCCCCUACAUCGCCUGGGCGGGCGCUUCCCCGCCGAUCAGCUGGAGAGCGGCGGUGUGUGCGGCUUCAGCAACGAAGCUGCCUUUUCUCUGACCUCCGAGGGGGCUUUCUGCGGAGCUUCUUCUCGGUUGGAGACGCCUGGGGGCUAACUCCAGCAACGGCUGCGUUGGAGCGCUCACGCUCCCCCUUUCAUUUGAGGCUCCUUUGUGGCGUCGGACGGCAUCGGGGCCAGAAGGAUCAGCCGCCGCUUACUUGUUUUUUGCGCGCGUGCCCGAUUCUUCCGCAGGGGAGUUCCCGGGUCUCCUGCUACGGCCUCACAGCAUUUCCUCCUGCCCAGGAGGGUCCCGCGAACGUACCCCAAACACGUCUUAUUUUUGGGGGAUGUCUUAUUUUUUUUUGGCUUUAAAAGAUCGUGCCAUGGCUUAUUUUAGAGGCACGUCUUAUUUUAGGAGAAACACGGUAUCUUCACACUGGUUGUAAUGCUGCUGGCGUAUGAUCAGACAGGCCUUUAUAGAGUAAGUUUGCUUGUUUACAACUUAAUAUAGAAGAUGCUGUUAAAUGGUCAAUGUUUUGGUUUUCGUGUGCCUUUCUCAUUUGAAGCAAGUAAUGAAUAAAAUCAUUUUAGCAACUUAGAAAGCUUUCCUAUACCAAAUCAGGUCAUUGGUCCAAUUUGGUCAGUAAUAUUUACACCGAUUUCGACGUGGCUGUUCAGGAUUUUACGCAGGAGUCUUUUCCAGCCCCAGUUAAAGAUGCCAGGGAGAAAACCAGGAACAUUCUGGAAAAUUUAAAGUAUAUCCUCACUCUCCGGGUUUUAUUUACUGAUUUCAUUACACAUGCACACACACCACUGAAUUGUAGAAAAGCAACAGCUCUAAGCUGUUUUGGCCCUUGCUUUUAAGAAAAGCUAGCCCUAAAAAUGAUUUUAGCAUGUAAAGUAGACUACCACAAUGUUUUGUGGACUGAUCGGUACAGAGUUUAGCAUCAUUAUUUUUUAUUUUUUUAUAUUGAAUAGAAUAUUAGGAUAUCAAUACUCAGAAAAUAAAUGACACAAAACCAAAAUCAGAUCUGAAGCAUAGAGGAUCUGUGUGUCCUUUAUGCUCUGUUUAUAGGCAACAACAACAACCACAAAAAGCCAGUAGAUUGCUUGCGUAGUACAUAAUAGCAGUGCUUAUGCACAGGAUGUGGCGCUUUGGCGGGGGGAGUAUCCAAGCCAACCCCAUAUCUUCAAUUCACUCUUGUUGACUCAUCUAGAGGAAUUGCAUUCAGUAUUUUCCAGUGAUACUGCCAGCGAUCAUGUUACAUCAACACCAUGGUUGGCUGUUCCAUGUUGUGUAAUGACCAGAGUAGUUGUAAUCAGGAUGUUUUCUUAUCUAAAAGACCCCUUAUAAAAAUAUCCAGAAUGUCUUCGUUUAAUUACCUUUGCCAGGUGUUGUACUGUCUUUGUCUCUCCUUUUAAAAAGGAACUGCAGUCUUAGAAGUGACUCAGCAAGAUAUGGUUUUAUUUUGUAGAUGUAAGGUUCGGGAGUCUCUCUCACACAAACAUAUUUGCAGGAUGAAUUUCUGCCCCUCUACCCUGGGGGGUUGUGUUUGGAACUGGAUGGAGGGCAAUUUGUUUUUGUUUGGCAGAGAAUAAUUCUCCUUGGAAGUAAAUAUAUUGCUGAAGACUGACAAGGAUUUGGGGAAUGAGUAUCGGUUCCCCCCCCCAAAAGGAAGAUGCAUAUGUAUAAGUCAAAGUAGAGAGGCUGUGUGCUUUCAACACAUCUGGCAUUAACAAUUUGCAAUUAUUCUGUAAGCGUGCUGCAUGUUUCUGUUCUUGGACAAAUACUCUCUAUGUUGAUCCUCACCUAUGACCUCUUUGAAACAGUUUCUGCAGUGCAGUACAAAAUUCUGCUUCUACAGGGAUGUGUCCAAACUUUCCAUACUCUGCAACACUGUCUUGCAUCAUUGUAUAACAAUAGCUGUGACUGAAGAAAAGUGAAAUGGAUUAAACAUUUUCCUCGCUAGAGGGAUGAUCUCAUGUCAGGAAAUUUUAUACCCGGUUGGAAGCUCAUAUAAAUAACAUCCACUAAGAGAACAGAGUAACACUUGCAAAUCAUCUUGGGAGGGGGGAGAGCAGCAGGAAGCUCUCUGAGAUCCACCCAUGUUUUAUGUUUACAAGUCAAUGUAUCACCUUCACCUCCCCAGUAAUUACGUGUAUCGGAUUAAAGCAUGACCACUCAGUGUGUAGUCAUUGCUGGAAAAUGUGCAGCCCAUUCUGAGUUGCAACCUGGCGCCAGAAACUGUAUGGGGUUUGUAUGGCAGUAUGUCAUUGCUACGUACUUAAAGGACUUGGGACACAGGCCUACGGCACAAAUUUGGGGAGCAAACUUACAGAAGACUCAGCAGAGUUGGGGCUGAUCUGCACCAGCCUAGCCCCUGCUCCGUACCUGCUGACACCAGGCAGGUGCAUUUCACAGUAUUCUUUUUUGCACCUGCUAAAAACAUAUUUGUUUAGACAAGCCUACCUAGAUAUGAACACCACUGCUGAGUGUUUUUAGUUUGCCAUUGAUUUUAUUCUUGGAAUGUUUGGCUAUAAUUAUAUCGAUCUACUCUUUUUUGCAUCGAAUGGGCAAAACCAUACUUGCCUUUAAUCGAGCUUGGUUACUUUCCCCUUCACCCACUGAUGACAGAUAUAGGAACAUAAGAAAAGCCCUACUGGAUGAGGCCAAUGACCAAUCUGCUCCAGCCUCCUGUUCUCGCAGUGGGAAGCCCAAGAGCAGGACCUGAGCACUACAGUUCUCUGCUCACUUGCGAUUCCCAGCAACUGGUAUUCAGAGGUCUACUGCCUCUGAUGGUGGAGGGAGGACAUAGCUGUUGUGGCUUGUAGCCACUGACACCUUUACCCUCUAUGAACUCCUGUUCUAAAACCAUCCAUGCUGGUGGCAGUUGCUACUACUUGUAGGGCAGGUUCCAUAGUUUAACUAUGUGCUGUGUGACGAAGCACCUCCUUUCAGCUUACCUGAAUUGCCCAACAUCCGUUUCAUUGUUCUAGUCGUGUUACGAGAGAAAGAGAGAGAAAACAUUUUCUCUGUCCACUUCCUUCACUCCAUGCAUAAAUUUGUACACCUCUGAUUUGCUUUUUCUCUAAAUAGGAAAAUUCUUCAACUUUUCUUGAUAGGCAAGUUUCUCCAUGAUCAUUUUGGUUGCCCUUGUCUUGACCUUUUCCAGCUCUGCAACACCCUUUGGGAGGGGAGGCACAUAUAGCUGAAAUUUCUGGGUCCCUUGCACAUAGGACUCUGUCCUUUGGGUCUGCUUACUUUAGUUCUCAUAGUCCCAUUGCCCUUCCUCUCAUCAAGUUAAGUCUACGAUAUUAGUUGCAUUUUCUUAGAGCCCUGUUGAAGGCUGAGAGUCCUCUUGGGAGGAAAGUCUUAACGUGGAUGUUUUGUGGUGCAUUAGAUCUGUCAGACUUCAUCUGCAUUCAUGCUCAUGUGUCAUUGUGUAAAGAUGCUUUGUUCCCUGCUGAAUUUAUGACCUCACAGACCUGUAUGAGGAGAGGAACCCACACCGCUGUCUGUACCAUAUUAAGGCUUGUGUUCCUUGGUGGAAUUGGCUGCUGUUCAGAGACCUCGAGUUGACUUUCACAUCCAAGGGGCUGGUUGGAAUUUUUAUGAAUACAUUUUUUAAAAAAUAAAAAUAAGUAUUAUUCACAUUUAUACUGUUUGGAAAGUCAUUGCAAUAUUUGGAAGCCUGCCCCCAUUGUCUAAAAGCUUGGCCAGCUAAGAAUUAAAUACAUAAAAUAUCUGCUAAAAUCAAAGCAAAGCAAAAUCAAGUGGGUGUUUAGGUUCCCUUCCAGAGGGAGGAAGUGCCACAAUUUGUUCGUUGGGCCUCUGGUGUGCUUUGGUCAUCCAAGACUUGAUGAUACCUCUAAGGCAUCCUCACAAAUCAGGGACCAGUACCUUAGAUUCUGACUUGAUAAUAAAACUUUAUAGCCUCCAAGUGGAACUGAACAAAGUAAGCUACUUAAGGAGGGCAGAAAAGCAAUGUGGCUUCUUGACAGUGCAGUGUGUGUUCACCAAGGCUGCCCCCACCAUUACCCAGAAUAGCAUUUCUGCACACAGUGGCAGGAGAGAGAGAGAGAGAGAGAGAGAGAGAGAGAGAGAGAGAGAGAGAGAGAGAGAGAGAGAGAGAGAGAAUGAGAGAGAAUUGCUGCCACUUUUUUAGUGUAGCCUUUCAGGAAGAUAGGAAGCACCCAUCUAGCUUAGCACUAUCUUUUUCUGAUGGGUAGCAGCUCUCCAGGCAAGAGCAUUUCCCAGCCCCCUACUCUGAGACAGAAAAAUCAGUGUGUGUGAAAUAAGUCUCUUGCCAUUUCAUUAAAAAAUAUGGUUGUGUGACAUAAUAGACCUCAGCAACCUUUUGAUGUUAAACAAAAUAUCAAUAACUUCCAAGAGAUCUUUUAGUUGCAUGAGAUAAUCACUAGAUGGUUGUAUGCUGGAAUCUCUCUGUUUUGUGCUUCUUUGCAAAAAAAUAGCAGGAAAAUCUUCAUUUCAGCUACUUAAUCCUGACACUUGAGAAGGGAGUGGAUUUGAGUCUUAAGCACAUGAUGAGCUAGGAAGCUUAAAAUGAUCUCUUUGCCCCCUUCCCUUUAAUAUCCCUCUUGUGUAUUUCACUCUCAGCAAACCACUCUAAAGAAUAGGUACCUUAUGUUGAUAUCAGCACUGAGCAAAGGCCACCCAUUGCAGAAUCUUCCUGUGACCAUUCAGUGGGACAUAUCGCCGGAGAUGAGAUUAUUGGGCAGUAACAUGCUUAAUUCAUAUGCUGUUUUAAUGCCUCUCUUGAGCUAUUGGGUCACAUCAAAAUAUAGUUAGGCUUGUAUUAUAAAUACAUGCCUUUCCUAGGGCUGCCAGCUUUAAAACAACGAAUUCAUAGGAAGCUGCACUGACCGGCAACAGUUUUCCAUGGUAGCAAAAUUCCUUUCGUUGACAAAGCCUACCUGGAUCUGCCAGGGAUAGAAAUAGGACCUUUUGCAUGCAAAAUCAGGUGUUCCUGUUUUUGGUCAAAUAAGGUUAGCACUGGAGCAACUCUUAAGGGGAUGGAAGGCUUUUGGAAUGUUGUUAUCUAUGGAUAUCCACUGUAUUCUUUGAACACGUGAAAUGUGGAAAUAUAGGCCAGAGGGACAAGUUCACAAAUUCCAUAUAUGCAGCAUUUUUAAAACAAAAACAGAAACCCAUAGUUAAAACAUACUGCUCCAAACCAUUAUUUAAACUUCCCAUAUGUUCAAAGUCUGUUUGGAAGCUAUCAAUGCAUUCCUGCCACCAUUUCCCCCUUUGAACAGUUGUGCCUAGUCCCUUUAGAACUCUUGAAUUUAAGGAGUAUUCUGGCGGUUUGGAGGGAUCAUCUCCUGAACUACCAAAUUGGAGUGAGGGUGUUUGGGGUGCAGAGGGCAUCAGUUACUUUUCAUGAGCCUGUGAAGACUAGAAUAAGAACUUACUCCUUUAAAUGAGACACCUGGGUCUACUCUCCCCUCACUGGAGAAACCAUGUUUCCAUCCCUUUUGGUUAGUUUGGUUUAAAAAGGGGGGGUUGAUAUGAUUUUAACCCUACUUAACUUUGAAGUCUCCUCAUUUGAAAGGAGUUCAUCGAAUUAAAAAUGAAUGCUGCUGUUAGGUGAAUUGUGUCCUACCAAUUUUUACAACCAUACUUUUAACAACUUGCGUCUUUAAAUUUUGAAGUUCUUCUAAGACUGAUGUCUGUUCCCAAGAACUUAGUUAUCCAUCUUUCCUCCCCCUCAACUGUGAACCAAACACUGUUUUGCUCAUAUGCUGUUCAUAAUUCUCAGCAGUUUCAAAAUUUUGCAAUUAGUCUGCCAGUAGUAGGGCAAGUAUUUAGCAUAAUGGAUAUGAUUACCAGCAUCGAUCCUUCUGUAGAAACCAAACUGGUUGGCUGUCUCUGCUUUCUGUUUAAACUAUCACUGCAGUAUAUUCUGAUUACAGGUAUCAUAUUUGCCUUUCCUUUAUGGCAAAUGAGGAUUUAUUUAUUUUUUCAUUUCUAUUCCCUAGUCAAAAUAAAGGGUUUGGGGUUUUUUGGGGUGUGUGUGUGGCUAUUUAAUUGCUAGAAUAUAAAUAGUCAUUCAGCUAACGGUUUCAAGUGGUAAUAUUAUGAAUCUCCCAGUCCAAUCUGUUUUAGCAUUCAUGUGCCUAAUUUCUGUUUGUAAUCUGAUUACUGCCUUGAGCUGCUCCACUUUGCAGCCUAUUGCUAUGCAUUUACUGUACUCCCUGGGAUGCGAUAGCCUGACAGCUCCAGUCCUGAGCUAUGAAAAAAUCUCUACACAAUAUUGCUAAGACGGGCCUAGGGCUGUGGCUGACUGAGAAUUAGCUGCUAUUGUAGUUUUCUCCUUUUGCCUGGUCCCUUUGUUUUCUGCAACCAUGUUUCGAAAUCCUUGGAUAUCCAGCUAUUUGCGAAAUGUCAGCUACUCCGAAGACCAAGAUUUUGACAAAGAAAAUUUGGUCAGGUAUAAGACUCCAAGAUUACUCCAAAGGAGGAGGACACUAAGUUUUCAGAAAGAGUUUUCAUUUGAGGAUAAAGAAGAGCUUGCAAACAGCACUAAGGAUAUCGAUGCCAACCUUUUAGCAGUGCUGCCAAAAGUUUCCGAAUUAAGAAAACUCUUCGAACCGAACAGGCAGGAUACCUUGGAAAUGAAAAGGAAAGAAAGGAUAGCUAGGCGUUUAGAGGGAAUUGAAAAUGACACUCAGCCCGUCCUUUUGCAAAACUGUCCAGGAUUGGUUACCCAUCGUUUGCUAGAAGAAGAUACGCCAAGAUAUAUGCGUGCAACAGAUCCAUAUAGUCCUCACUUCAGAAGAUCAAAUGAAGAAGAAACUUCAGAUUCCUCAGUAGAGAAUCAGCCAAGAUCAAGAUACCAAGCAGAAUCCAGUGGAGGAAAAACAAAGCCACCUUCUUACAGCCCUUCAGUCAUGGAUUCCCAGGGACCCGAGUCCAAAGCGGAAAGGAUAGCUAGGUACAAGGCAGAGAGGCGACGCCAGCUGGCUGAGAAAUACGGACUUUCGAUAGAUUCGGAUGUGGACUCGGAAUAUUUAUCCAAAUAUACCAGGGCAAGGAAAGAUCAAGAAGUGGCCGAGAAGAGAGUACCAAAGAGUGAGAAAAAUGAGGAUGAAAGUAAAGAUUAUAGUUCUCUGUACUCAGGUAAAACAGAGACUAAGGAGAUGAGGAAUGCUUCUUUGGAGUCAAAGGAAAAUUAUGUGCUUGAGAGGGCAAGUUCUCCAGAAAGGGAAAAACUGCAUUUGAAUGAGGACAAUGAGAGAGAAGCUCCAGAACCUAGUUGCAACAGACACGUUCUACCCUCUGCAUCAGAGAAUUCCACACCCUUCUCAUAUAUCGGCCAUGACUCCUCCCUAAGUGAAGUGCCAAGUUCGCCAAAGCAAACUCGCAGGGUUUCCCUUUCUUCACCAAAGCAGCUAGCUUCACCAAGUCAUUCCCUCAGCGACAGCAGAUUAGGUAGUGCAGGGAAAACAAAACCUGAUUGGUUUCUUCAGAAAGAUUCGGAUGGGGAUACACCUUCACUUAUCAACUGGCCCUCCAGAGUAAAAGUUAGAGAGAAACUGGUGAAAGAGGAAAGUGCACAUCCAAGCCCUGAACUUCCAGCAGACCCUAUGACUCAAAGAAAGGUUCGCCCAGUGCCUGUUAAUUCCGUGCCUCUUCAGUCAGAAACGUCUGCUUUCCAUAGGGUUGCCAAUCAGCCUCUUGGCUUGGCCUGCCAACCCACACAUGGCUAUGUUCAGCCUGCUGGAACCGCUCAUAUAGCUAAAGUGGUGGCAGCCGAAGAACCGGAAAGCAGCCCCAUUCAUAACCUUCCCGGGCCGGCAAAUGUAGCGUUCGUAACCAGAUUCCCAGAAGAUGCGAAGAUGGAUGAUGAAAGAAGUGACUUGGAUCAGAAUCAUGGAUCACCAUCGAAGCUCACUUACUCCAGUUUGGAGGCAGAGAAGGAAAGGCAGCCAACUUUGACUUCAGAGAAUCGUAGGUUGAGCAGAGGAGAUGAAUUUGAGAAACUGGCAGUUGGCCAGCCAAGGAAUGUGGAACCUGAGAAAGAGCUAGAGCGAUGUAUACAGUGGAUGCCUGGACCUCAGGGGAAGACUCGGGAGAAUGUUGAGAGGAGCGAAAGAGUUGUGUACCUACAGAGCGCUAAAGGGAAAGUUCAGGCUCGGGAAGAGACACCAGUGAAGCAUAAGCUCCUUACCCGCUCAUUUUCUGAUUAUAGUGGUUCGCCUAAAUUAGAAGUUUUUAAAAGUAAGGAGCAUGUUGCAAAGAAUGCAAUGGAGUUUCAGAGCACUGAAGCCAAGAUCCCCAAUGGUGAGAUUGCCAUGGUUGACACAAAAGUCUCUGUUGCCCAACUCCGUAAUGCCUUUUUGGAAACUGCCAAUGCCUGCAAGAAACCUGAACUAAAAAGUGAAUCUCAGUUUGAGAUGCCAACAUCAGGUACUGAUUUGUCUGCCAGUGCUGAACACGAAAGAGGGUCACGGAGGCCAAGGCGCUAUUUUUCUCCUGGGGAAAGUAGAAAGACUUCCGAGAGAUUUAGGACUCAACCUAUAACUUCAGCAGAGCGAAAGGAAACAGAUAGGUCUGUAUUCAGUCCAGAAAUGCCAGCUCCUGAAGAUGAGGAGAAACUGGACGAGCGAGCCAAGCUGAGUGUUGCGGCAAAGAGGUUGCUAUUCAGGGAAAUGGAAAAGUCGUUUGAUGGGAAGAGUUUUCCGAAGCCACAUUCAAGAAAUUCUGCAGUCGAAAGAAGGCUAAGGCGAAUGCAGGAUAGGUCACGCACGCAGCCCAUUACCUCCGAAGAAGUGGUCAUUGCAGCUACUGAACCUAUCCCUGCCUCACGUACUGUGAAUACCCAUUCUAUAGUGGCAAGAAUACCUAAUCCCACUGUAGUUAAGAGCACUGUACAUCCUACCAGGCUACAGGCAUCUGCAAACCAAAAGACAUCGGCUAAAGAAGAAAUCAAAGAAGCCAGAGAAGCCCUUGAGCAAGAUCUGUCUGGGGAACCAGACUCUUCCACCUUGAGCUUGGCAGAAAAGAUGGCCUUAUUUAACAAAUUAUCUCAACCCAUAACAAAGGCAGUCUCUACAAGGAGCAGAGGGGAUAUCAGGCAAAGAAGGUCGAAAGCUCGCUAUCAGACACAGCCUGUCACACUUGGAGAAGUUGAGCAGGUGCAAAGUGACAGUGGGAAAAUAGCCCCUUUGUCCCCCACUAUUGUAACGUCAGUUUCAACCAUGGUGUCUGCAUUGUCGCCGGUGUAUAGUAAGGAUCUGCAUGUGAAGCCAGCAGAAGACGAGGUGGUGAAUGAGAUUGAGAAACCUGAUUUCAGAUACCACUCUCCAGCAGAAAACGCAGAUACUUCAUUAAAAAACAUCCUGAAAACUGAAUUGUGGCAGCCUUCGGUGGAAUUGAGAGAGAGCAACUGGCAGCCGAGGGAGCCUGAAGAGACAGAGCCCAGGGGAUUCGUAAAACGUGAAGAGAAUGCUAUGAGAAAGCGAAGCUCUUUUGAGGAAGAGCCACCGCUUCCUGUUCCUGAUAAAACGGAGGACUACAACAAAGAGAUGAAAUAUGCAUUCCCGAGAAAAAGCAGCAUGGAAUUGUUUAGCCCACAGCCUCUUUGUCAGCCUGCUGAACAAAAGGAAUUCGCCAGCGACACCCUGAAGAAUAAACGGGAAGUCAAAGGCCAGUCCUCUGAGGAAACGAUGGAGUAUGAAGGAAUCGUGGCAAGAUCAACCCUGCAGAGAGAGCAUGAUGAGCCAAUUUCAGAACUUGUGGGAACAGCAGCAACAAAGAGCUAUUCUCAGUCUGCGGCUGUGGUAUCCUGUAGACAGCAGGAAGCCUCUGAGCUGUUAGAGGGAACACUAGACUCCAGGGAGAGCAAAGCCGAAAUUAUGGAGGACACCCUUGACGCAUCCAACAAAACUAUGUCAAUUAAAGAAAGGCUGGCACUCCUGAAGAAGAGUGGUGAAGAAGACUGGAAAAACAGGCUGAACAAAAAGCAGGAGCAUGGCCGGUUAUCUGUCAUUGAGCGUGGCACCCAGCUGCCAGAGAUGGAACCGCUGUUUGCGAAGAAGGAACCUGUCUAUGCUUCUACUUAUUCUCCUGCUAUAGCUGCUGCCCAUAAACUUCAUCCCUUUGUACCUAUUAAUCAGGUCAGUAGUGCUAGUUUGAACGAUCCAAGCCCCCUGGCCUUUGAGCGUCACCCCUGGAGAUGGAAGAGGAUGUCUGAUACCGCUGAAAGUCAAAUGACAAUUGAAGAAAGAAAGCAAUUGAUAAGUGUUCGGGAAGAGGCUUGGAAAGCGAGAGGGAAAGGAGCAGCCAAUGACUCGACACAGUUCACUGUGGCUGGAAGAAUGGUCAAAAAAGGCUUAGCAUCUCCUACUGCCAUAACACCUGCCGCAUCCCCUUUCUGCAACAGACUGAAGUCAACAACACCCAUCUCAAAACCCCUGGAAGAAAUUGAAGCUAGGCCAGAUAUGCAGUUAGAAUCGGACAUGAAGUUGGAUAAACUGGAGACUUUCUUGGGGAGGCUGAACAACAAAGUUGGUGGAAUGCAAGAAACAUUGCUGACAGUCACAGGAAAAUCUGUGAAGGAAGUGAUGAAGCUGGAUGAUGAGGAAACAUUUUCCAAGUUUUACCGCUGCAUGGAUUACCCCGCUUCCUCUUUGCCUUUGGACCUGGAUGAAGACUUUGAUGCCAUAUUUGAUCCUGAUGCACCAAAGUUAACUUCUUUGGUAGCAGAGCACAAACGUGCAGUGAGGCCCAUGCGCAGAGUCCAGGCUUCCAGAAACCCUUUAAAGAUGUUAGCCGCAAGAGAGGACAUUCUUCAUGAAUACACAGAGCAAAGGCUAAAUGUGGCUUUUAUGGAAUCAAAGCGAAUGAAAGUUGAAAAAAUGUCUGCAAACUCAAAUUUCUCAGAAGUAGCGCUUGCUGGCUUAGCGAGUAAGGAGAACUUCAGCAAUGUUAGUCUGCGUAGUGUCAAUCUAACAGAACAGAACUCAAACAACAGUGCUGUGCCAUACAAGCAGCUGAUGCUCUUGCAGGUUAAAGGAAGAAGACAUGUUCAAACAAGAUUAGUCGAGCCAAGGGCUUCAUCGCUUAACAGUGGUGACUGUUUCCUGUUACUUACUCCUCAUUUCUGCUUCCUGUGGGUAGGGGAGUUUGCAAAUGUCAUCGAGAAAGCAAAGGCUUCAGAACUUGCAACUUUAAUUCAGACAAAGCGAGAACUUGGCUGCCGGGCUCCUUAUGUGCAGACCAUAGAAGAAGGAAUCAAUACCCACACUCAUGCAGCCAAAGACUUCUGGAAACUGCUCGGUGGCCAGACAAGCUACCAGUCUGCUGGAAACCCAGAAGAAGAUGAAAUGUAUGAAGCUGCAAUAAUAGAAACAAAUUGCAUUUACCGACUAGUGGAUGAUAAACUUAUUCCUGAUGAUGACUACUGGGGAAAGAUGCCAAAGUGCACGCUGUUGAAUUCAAAAGAGGUCUUGGUGUUUGAUUUUGGUAGUGAAGUGUAUGUUUGGCAUGGGAAGGAGGUCACGCUAGCACAAAGGAAAGUGGCAUUCCAGCUGGCCAAACACUUGUGGAAUGGCACCUUUGACUAUGCAAACUGUGACAUCAAUCCUCUGGAUCCUGGUGAAUGCAACCCCCUUAUUCCAAGAAAAGGACAGGGACGUCCAGACUGGGCUAUUUUCGGCAGGCUCACAGAACACAAUGAGACAAUAUUAUUUAAAGAAAAGUUUCUCGAUUGGACUGAACUGAAGAAACCAGCUGAGAAGAACUCUGGUGAAUCCCCUCAGAAGGAGGAAACUAGGUCUGACGUCAAACCAUACGAUGUCAUGCGAAUGGUACCUGUGCCCGAGACAACGGUUGGCACGGUCUUGGAUGGGAUGAAUAUCGGCCGCGGCUAUGGAUUCAUUGAAGGAGAUGACGGGAGGCAAUUCGAAAUCAUCACUGUCUCUGUGGAUGUCUGGCAUAUAUUGGAAUUUGAUUAUAGCAGGCUCCCUAAGCAAAGCAUUGGGCAGUUUCAUGAAGGCGACACGUAUGUGGUCAAAUGGAAGUACCUUGUGAGCACUUCAGUUGGGAGCAGACAGAAGGGGGACCUGCAAACCAGGGUUGUUGGCAAAGAGAAAUGUGUGUACUUCUUCUGGCAAGGGAGACACUCCACCGUCAGUGAGAAAGGGACAUCUGCACUGAUGACUGUGGAGCUGGAUGAAGAGAGAGGUGCUCAGGUUCAAGUUCUUCAAGGAAAAGAGCCGCCAUGUUUUCUUCAGUGUUUUCAAGGUGGAAUGAUCGUUCAUACGGGCAGAAGGGAAGAGGAAGAAGAAAACACACAGAGCGAUUGGCGAUUAUACUGUGUACGAGGGGAGCUUUCUCUUGAAGGAAACCUGCUUGAAGUAGCCUGCCACUGUAGCAGCCUGAGGUCCAGGAUGUCAAUGCUUGUUCUAAAUAUCAACAAAGCCCUCAUUUACUUGUGGCACGGCUGCAAAGCCCAGCCACACACCAAAGAAGUUGGAAGAACAGCAGCCAAUAAAAUAAAAGAACAGUGCCCUCUGGAAGCAGGACUGCACAGCAGUAGCAAGGUGACGAUACACGAAUGCGACGAAGGGUCAGAGCCAUUGGGAUUCUGGGAUGCCUUAGGGAGGAGAGACCGGAAAGCCUACGAUUGCAUGUUGCAAGAUCCUGGGAAGUUCAACUUCACGCCCCGCUUGUUCAUCCUUGGUAGUUCGUCUGGUGAAUUCUCAGCCACUGAAUACAUCUAUCCAGCAAGAGACCCCACUGUGGUGAAUUCUAUGCCAUUCCUCCAGGAAGACCUCUACACAGCUCCCCAGCCAGCUCUCUUCCUUGUUGACAACCACCAUGAAGUGUACCUCUGGCAAGGCUGGUGGCCUGUGGAAAAUAAAAUAGCUGGAUCAGCUCGAAUCCGCUGGGCCUCGGACAGGAAAUGUGCCAUGGAGACCGUCCUCCAGUACUGCAAAGGAAAAAAUGUGAAGAAACCUCCCAAAUCUUACCUAAUUCAUGCUGGUCUCGAACCUCUGACCUUCACCAAUAUGUUUCCAAGCUGGGAACACAGAGAGGACAUUGCGGAGAUCACAGAAAUGGAUGCUGAAGCUUCUAACCAGAUAAUCCUUGUGGAAGAUGUGUUGGCCAAACUAUGCAAGAAGCUGUACCCAUUGGCCGAACUUUUAGCAAGGCCCCUCCCAGAGGGAGUGGAUCCACUAAAUCUCGAAAUCUACCUUUCCGAUGAAGAUUUUGAGGCUGGAUUGCAGAUGACGAGAGAGGAAUAUAACACACUGCCUUCCUGGAAACAGGUCAACCUCAAAAAGGCAAAAGGACUCUUCUAAAUAACCUGGCCAUGUGGCAGUUAAGGGCUAAAGCUGGAGUGGGAUCUUGUGUCAUUUUCAGCACCUCGUGGACAAAGAGCAGCAGCAUGGCCAACUUGUGCUCACCCCCCCCCCUUUUCACCAAGCCAACAAGAUACCGCCAAAAGGCUAUAGAUUUGCUGCCUCUUCUUAAAUCACGUCAUAUUGUAAAAUGCAAAGGGUCUUUGUUUGGGGAGGUAAGGCAAUUCAACAGUUGUUCUCCCUUGUACUUUAGCAGCAGUUUCUCAGGCUGCUUCUGCAGCAGCCAUGGCGGAUCUUUUUAGCUGCGUUACACUACUUGCCAUUUGGGUUUUGAAGACGUUCUCUUUGUAAAGUGUUAUUUUGUUUAAAGCUGUGGAUUUUCAAAAAUAAUUUAUAUUUAUAUAAAACACAUAGGACAAGGAUGUAUUUAACAAUGCCAUGUGUAUUAUUCACUUUCAAGACUUCAGUCAAGAAAGACUUUCAGAAAAGUAGCUCGGCAGAGCAGUUGCUUGGUCGGAAUUAGUUAAACUACGAAUUAUGUUUUUACUCUCUCUUUGUGUCUUCCCAUCCUCUAUCACUGAAUGGUUUCUCUUUUUAAUAAUAGGCAACGAAUUGGUCUCAAUGCUGCUUCAGGUGCUAAACUGAACAAAGCGUCAUCACACGAGUUUCUUGAGAAACUCUCCAAAUCCAACUUUGAUAUACUUUGUUAUCCCAAAAAUGUAUAGUGCCUUGUUUUUUUUUCUGUGUACAGUUUAUAUACAAAAAAAGAUCGGUCUGCUUUUUGAAGAUGGCUCUGAAAAGUCUCUUAUGCUCUACUUUUAUAAUAGUAGAAAUAAAAAAACAUCUCAGUUUCUAAUAACUUGUUGUAAAGAUAAACUGUCUUUUAUGACAAAGACUCAAAGCAAAGCUUCAGAAUAAACUCUUAGCAAUGCA